AUGCUAACUGGCAUCAGGAUAACACCUGGGCUCCCUGAUAGCCGGGUAUCAUUUAUCCGAAGCGCCUUAGCCAUCCUCUCCAAGAUCGACCCCAUCUGUAAACCCAGUUUUUGCUGCAACAAAGAAGAUAAAAUUGAAGUUUUGGAUAUUCAGAGGUUAAAAAGGUUGGAUGAAGUCACAAAAUUUUAUAGUCAAGACAUGAUAUUUAUGUGCAAGAAAAAGCAAAAGGAGAGGGAUAUGGGAGGUGGGAAAACCAUUAAGGAGGCUAUUGCAAAAUCUAGCCAUCUGCUAGAAGUCUCAGAUGGAGGUGUUGGUAAGUCAGCUUCUUCUGAAGGCUCUGAGGGAAACCUGACGAAGCAUAUGAAAUCUAAAGCGCACAUGAAAAAAUGCCUGGAGUUGGGCGUCUCAAUGACUUCAGUGGAUGAUACAGAAACCGAGGAAGCAGAAACUAUGGAAGAUUUGCACAAAGCAGCUGAAAAGCAUAGCAUGUCCAGCAUUUCAACUGAUCAUCAGUUCUCAGAUGCCGAAGAAUCGGAUGGUGAGGAUGCAGAUGAUAAUGAUGAUGAUGAUGAAGAUGAUGAUGACUUUGAUGACCAGGGAGAUUUGACACCAAAAACCAGAUCAAGAAGUACCAGUCCUCAGCCUCCUAGAUUCUCCUCCUUGCCUGUGAAUGUUGGCGCCGUACCCCAUGGGGUUCCCUCAGAUAGUUCCCUGGGACAUUCUUCAUUGAUCAGCUAUUUGGUUACUUUGCCAAGUAUUCAGGUUACUCAGCUUAUGACACCAAGUGACUCAUGUGAAGAUACCCAGAUGACAGAAUACCAGAGGUUAUUCCAGAGCAAAAGUACAGACUCAGAACCAGACAAAGACAGGUUAGACAUACCCAGUUAUAUGGAUGAAGAGUGCAUGCUGUCUUCAGAGCCCAGCUCCUCUCCGGGGCUAAUGCUCUAUCCACUGAGUAACAUGGGCUGGCAUAAAGAGCCCAACAAGCAGGAGAGCAGUAAAGACGCUGUUGCAAUACGUCAGAAGGAAGGAGAAGAGAGUCUGAAGGAUGAGGAGAGGGAUCCCAAUGGAGAGAAUACUUCAAAUUGA